AUGCAGUUCCGCACCAUCGCCACUACCGCCCUGGGCCUCCUGCCCCUCGCCAACGCGGUCAACAUCAACCUGUUCUACAGCAUCUUCGAGGACAACUGCGACCACGGCCAGUCGUAUGCCUCCUGCUCCGACAUCGUUGCCGACAAGUGCUGCGUGUACGACAGCCCGAUCUACUCCGUUGAGGGUACCAGCCUCAUCACCGAGGGCGUGCCGGCUGUGGUCGCCGCUUUUACCGGCCCGACCGGCCAAUGCUCUGUCUCCUGCAACUCCGGCGGCGGCGACCCCACGCAGUGCGUCAACUGCAACGACGAACCGCUGUCGGGUGGCAUGUGGUACAAGUUCGGCAAGCGCGACCUCAGCGGGCCCCUGAAGCCGGCUUACGAGGAAGUUGCGUAUGCCGACCGCAUCGGCCUCUGGGAUGACGCCCUGGGCGCUCACCGUGAGUUCAACAUCUCGGCUGGCGUGCCGAGCGUGGUUGUGGCUGAGCUGGAUGCGGCCUUUAAGAAGGGGUCUAAGGCUGCGGCUGUUAGUGAGCGGGUGUUGGCUUUUGAGAUUAAGAACUAG